AUGGCAGGACUGCAGGUGGUGUGGUCCAUCAUGUCGAUGGUGACGCUGACACCGAUCUUCGUUUCCCUGUUUGCCAUCGUGUUUAUGGCAUCGAUCGGGAAAUCCUUUGGUGUGCGGCGGCUGUACGUGAACCUGCUGGUCAGAAUCUUCGAGUUUGGUCGACAGAAUAUUGAAUCGGUGCGUCUGCAACAAUACGCCAACAUAACACGGUCUGAUCCAGAAGAAGAAGAAACCCUUGCCAAGGGAGAUGUUGGCACCGAAAGCCAGGAAAACAUUGAUGGCACAACCGUCAAAGCUAAUGGUAACAUUCCCAACGGUGGCAGCCAACACCGGCUCGCAAAUGGAGGUGACUCAUCGUCGCACAUCGUGAACGGUGGCAACACUGUCAUUAGUCGUGCGGAAUCCCUCAUCCUAUCGCCGGAUGUAAUCGAUGACACGCGAAGCAAAAGCACGGAUCCCCACGAAGAAGGCGGCAUGCGGGAGGAAGGCGAUGGAGAGGACGAUGAGACCAAUUCUGACGGCUCGGAAGGCGAUCACGAGGCGAUGGGUUUCAAACUGUCGAACUGCUUGGACUACGUAAAGUCCGGCAUGGAAGCCAUCAUCGAGGACGAUGUUACGAGUCGGUUCCUGGCGGAGGAGUUGAAAAAUUGGAACCUGCUAACGCGUACCAACCGACACUACGAAUUUAUCACCUGGCGAUUGACAGGGAUCUGGAUGAUUGGUUUCCUGAUACGCUACUUUAUCCUGAUGCCGAUGCGAGUGCUCAUUUGCUUUAUCGGGGUGGUCUACUGUGUGAUUGGGUUUGCAAUUGUGGGCAUCAUCCCGACGUAUCGACUACGGCGCACUAUGAACGAUAUGGUGUUCAAGCACACGUUCCGUAUGAUCACUCGGUCGAUUUCCGGCCUCGUUCGGUUCCACAACCCGGAGUAUAAACCGAAAAACUGUGGCUUCUGUGUGGCCAACCAUACAACACCGAUCGACAUUGCGAUCCUGUCGACCGAUUGCAUCUACUCGCUGAUCGGACAACGACACGGAGGAUUUUUAGGAGUACUUCAGCGGGCACUGGCUCGAGCGUCGCCCCAUAUAUGGUUCGAACGAGCCGAAGUCAAGGAUCGGUUGUUCGUAGCCAAAAGGCUAAAGGAGCACGUGUCGGAUCCGAUUAAUCCACCAAUUCUGAUCUUUCCGGAGGGUACCUGCAUUAACAACACCUCUGUAAUGCAGUUCAAGAAGGGUAGCUUCGAAGUCGGUGGAGUCAUCUAUCCAGUGGCCAUCAAGUACGAUCCACGCUUCGGUGAUGCUUUCUGGAACAGCUCACGGUAUUCGAUGAUGCAAUACCUCUUCUUGAUGAUGACGUCGUGGGCGAUCGUGUGCGAUGUGUGGUAUCUGCCGCCAAUGUACCGCGAAGAAGGUGAAUCGGCGAUAGAUUUCGCCAACCGAGUGAAGAGUGUCAUCGCCAAACAGGGUGGUUUAGUCGAUCUCGUCUGGGAUGGACAGCUGAAGCGCAUGAAACCAAAGAAGGAGUGGAAAGAGAAACAGCAGGAAAAGUUCAGCAAGCUGUUGAAGGGUGAAUGACAGGCAAACUAGCGGUCACCGUACCGGUCCCGAUGGCGUCAAGCAGGCGAUCCUGCGACUCAAGGGGCACUCGAACAAAAGCAGCGUCAGGGGACCGAGCAGCAGUGAUCGGACAAUCGUUGACUUCUAAUGUCGAAACCAUUAACGCACCAAACCCCAACGAACUCGCAUCCUCCAAGAUUGAUCGAUUCAGAUGUACAUUUUUUAGUAACGAAUGUGCAAGAAGUACUAACCACAUACCAAUCGUAUAGAGAACACCAACAGCAACCAAAUAACAAAUGAUAACAUGCUUAGAUAGUUUUCCCUUCGUUCGUUUGUACAUAUACCUAUGCUCCGUUUUCCUUAUCCUGCUGGAUGUUUCUAGCUACAAGUCAAGUAACGCUCGUUUCACUGAAGUACAAACAAUAGCACAGUAACUGGGUUUACUUAAGUAAAUAGAUGCGUAACCUAAAGUACGCUGGUAGGGCUUAGCUGAGAGGCACCAGCAAUAAUAACACAAAGUUCUUCUGACGAUUUGUUGUGUUCCUGUAUUGUUUGUGGCUUUCUUGAUUGUUUAUUUUUUGCUUGAAUAAUACUAUCUUUCUGCAUUUGUCAACUAAUCUACAAUUCAUUUCAUAUGAACGUAAUUAUAUUUUGCUAAGUAGUUUCGAGCUGCAAGGUGCUACUAAAAGAUUUCGUACUGUUCAUGAUAGUUUGCGUUCAAACUGUUCAUGAUAGUUUGCGCAAAAAAAUCCCCCUUUAAUCACCUAAGCUUUAAUGGUGAUAUCUUCACCCGUCGCAAAUAGCUCGUAAUUAGUAUUGUUUGAUUCGCUAUUUUGUUUGUUUUUUUGCUUACGGGUUUGCAUGCGUUAACCAAACAAUUCCUUUUCCCUUAAAGAUAAUUGAGCAGUGUGUAUAUUUUAUGAGUGGCAGCUUUAUCCAGCAUCGGAUAAAUAGCUAGGCAGCCAAAUACAGUAUGCGUACAGAAGAGUGUAAUGCGAUCACUGCAAGAAUUGUAUUGAGAGGGAGAGACAGCACUAGAAACAAUAGUAACUGUAUAAGACUGAAAAAACACGAUGAUGGAACGUGUGAUGCAAAUGGGAAAGCACUAGUAGAAGAUGCAAAAGAUCCUCCAUUUGUUGUCGUAUGUAAUCUAUGUAAAGAGAUCGAGAAAGAGAGAGCGCGCGAAAAUGAUUGGAAGGGAGUGUAAACAUAGGACGGGGUGAUGUGUGAGAAUAUUUAUAUCAGGAAAAAGUGGUCUAUGGCAUAUCCUAAUCAGUCGAGAAAAAGAUAGCAAGAAAUGAAACAUGAUAAAAGACUACAUGAAUGUGAGAUUAACAAAGAUUGAUAUAAAAAGCGAGUAAAACCCAGACCUAACAGGCCGUAACUCUUUUUUCCUAGCUAGUAGCUUGCAUGGGGCAGCAUGAAAGAUUCUAGCAGCAUGAAUGCUGCAUUAAUUCCAAUCAUAAAUGAGAAUCAUGUCUACAGUAGCGUAGACCCCCGUGGGAUAAACGGCAUUACCCAAUGUCUCGGUGUGUCCGUUUGGUGGUGGUGGUUUAAAUUUAUCGAUAGUAUUGCAAACAUUAACAUACUUUGGAUGGCUUAACACUCUGUUGCAUUUGUUGUCAAUUGCAAAUAGUUGAUUAGUUUUCAAACAUUUUCUCAUUGUUUGCAACUGAAAAUCAUUGUUGGAAAUGUAAAAUUAACAUCUGUUAUGCUAUGUGGAACGUUACAAUCGGUUUUGCGCUGUGAACCGGGUACAGACCUUAAAUAGACUUCUAUAAAAUAGCCUUUAAAUCUUCUGUUUGCAAAUGGGGCUAUCGUGUUGUUCACUUUAUGUAUAUAAGUGCGUUUUUUUAUAUGGGACAAUGGUGUUCCGCGUGUGUCCAUAAAGGGUAUUAUGGUGCCAAUAUUGAAUGUGAUCCAUCAAGAAUGUGCUCGUUACAAGAUCAUGUGCAGAGAGAAAAGUUGGUAUCAUGCUGCCACAAUAGUUUCUCGGUUUUAUCGAACAUUCUGUUUAUAUCCUGCAAGAUUUAAUUACGAGAAGUUGCGCACGAAACACGAACCAUCUUCUUUGUUAGAUGUUGAGCUGCCUCAGUAUAUCACCAAAUAAGAAAAUAAUAUGCACAGAAUAGUUGGCAGUUCGCCCCUCGGCUAGUAAACGGUUAGAAUGGAUUGCUCGUUUUAUCAUACGCUUUUAAGCGGAAAUAGAUUACCGUCUGGGACCGGAUUAGCUGUUUAUGCGUUCACGCCAUGUACUCUGAUGCAUUGUAUUGUACAGCACUAAUAACAGUACCAAUGUGUAGGGGUACCUUUAACAGAUAUCGAGCAUUUGCAAUAGACCAUUGAAACUAGCAUUAAGAAUAAGAUGCACUCUACAUCCACAUGCAAUCAAGUACAGGGCGGUGUAGCCUGGAAAGUGUACGUUGGGUUUUUUGUUGUGCUAGUUACUUUCGUGUUGAUCAUAAAACAUUCAUUAAAACCCCGGUGUAUUCGUCUAGGAUUAAGCGGAAAGUUUGUUCCGUAUCCGAAUGUCACCUAACCUAGACGCUAGAAUACGGAACUUUGACACGAGAAACUAUGGAAGUGGGAACAAGAUAAAGAAAUUGAAUCCACUGUCAAUGAUAUUUAUGGUAGUGUAAGAAAACAAUUAAAAAUCAAUUGCCUAACUGUGGAAUGGAAUGGACCUGGGAGAAUUGUAUGAAGAAACGGAGGAAUGAGAGAAUAAAACAUGGGAUUUUUUUC